CUCGCAGUUCGCUGAACGACAAAGCACGUCAACCCUCAAUCUUCCCCAGUCCCCACUCCUCCUUGAAGGGCAGUGCUCCAGUAUCAAUAACACGUUCGCCAUGCGCGCUUUCAUUGCGUUAUACACACCCAGAUAAGGGCAGGCGAAACAUUUUUGUCGGCCAAGAGAUAGCUGCAGGUGACACAGGGCUGUUUGCUAACAGAUCUGACAUUGCGGACGCUUGGAAACGGCAAAAGAUAUGGAUUGUUAUGUGAAGAGGGAUGGCCGCCUGAUAAAGAGCCGCGGUCUCCUGAAGCGGCUCUUGUGUCGAGUAUUCCUCUGCGAGAGCUGGGAAAUUCCACCUCGGAGGUUUCUAGGAUCGUUUCUUCCAGCCGCCAGAUCCAAAGCAGUGCACAACCAUCGUCUCGACGGUUCCAGCUGCAGCAUCUAGCAGACAUGGGUGUCGGAAGCGCCAUCAAGCGCAACAAGGCGGUUGCCGUGAUAAUAUCCGUGUUUGACUGGUACCCAUCCGAUUCCUCGGCAGUGGAGAGGAAACUCCUCAGAAAGUUGGAUCUCGCCAUCCUGAUAUUCGGGUCCUUGAGUUUCUUUUGCCGAUUUCUGGGACAGCAAAACAUCACCAAUGCUUACGUCUCGGGCAUGCGAGAGGACCUCAAUGCUUUUGGCAAUGAGCUCAACUACUACAAAAUGGCUUAUAACACGGCCUAUGUAUUGGGGCAAAUCCCCUUGAUGACACUGCAGACCAAGGGGAAGCUCGCCAUCUGGCUUCUCCCGACUUUGCAAAUAUCCUGGGCCAUUAUCGGCUUCUGUCAAUCCACAGUAACUCAAAACUGGCACCUUUACGUGCUGCGGGCCCUGACUGGGUUUCUGGAGGCUUCUUCUUUUGGCGGGACACAUCUGAUUUUGGGAAGCUGGUACAAGAAUGACGAGGUCUUCAAGCGCGCAGGAGUUUGGUUCAUGGGCAACUCCCUCGGCUCCAUGUUCUCGGGAUACCUUCAGGCGGCCGCCUACAAAAACCUCAACGGAGUCAUGGGUCGGGCUGGCUGGCGCUGGCUGUUCAUCAUUCACGGUGUUAUCACCCUGCCCAUCUCCUUCCUCGGAUACGCCGUCUGGCCCGGGCUGCCCAUCUCAAAGCGCCGCUGGUGGAUGACGGAAGAGGAGCACGCCCUCGCCCUCAAGCGCAUCCCCGUGGUCGAGAAGGAGGGCAUCACGUGGAAGACGUUCAAGUACACGCUCAGUCGGCCCAUGUGGUGGAUCUGCGUGCCCACCUACGUCUGCCUGGUGCUGUCCAACUACUGGACCACGUACAUGGCGCUGUGGCUUCGUGCGGAGAAGUAUCCCAUCGAGAUGGUGAACGUGCUGCCUACGUUUAUCGACCUGAUUCGCGCCUUUAGCUCGUGGCUGGGUACAACCUUGGCGGGCACGCUGAGUCUGCGAGGACUCUGGACGUUUCAGUUUACCACCAUGUUCUUUGCAUGUCUGAUGCUCUCCAUCUGGAAUAUUCCCAACGCGCUCAAGUUUGUUGCCUUUUACUUGAGUGGCUUCUCAGGCAUGGCGUCGCCGAUUCUGUACACAUGGGUAAACUUCACCCUAAAAGAAAACUACGGCGAGCGUGGCCUCAUCAUCUCGUCAAUGAUGACCAUGGGCUUCUCAACCAGCAUAUGGGUGCCUCUGUUGAUUUUCCCCGCCGUGGAAGCCCCCGAAUGGAAAAAGGGAUAUCCGGCAUCGACCGUCUUCCAGUUCCUCAUGUACAGCGGACUCAUGUUUGGCUCGUGGUACAUGGUGCGCUGGAAGACGAGGCAGCCCGACCCGGAGCGGGAGCAGCAGCAGGAGAGACGACACGAGGAGGAAGUGGAAAGCGCAGGCACCAGGACGGACGACGAUGAGAAACAUGUCGGCAGUAGCAGCGCGUUGCCCGCGGGGCCCGCCGCGGCAGUGGUGGCGCCAGCCGCCGCUGCAGACGACCAGGCUGGACGGCGAUGAAGACAUCACUCUUGUAUGGUCAGAUGCUUGCUUUCCCGUGGUACAGCGGCGGAGGAGUCACGGUCAUGUGCGGCUCAUCGGAAAGAAACCAAUGAUGCACAAUACAUCAAAUAUUGUGGCUACGCGAUCGGUUUGUACUAAAACAGUACUAGAACAGAGCGAUUGCUCAUAUGUAAGCUAGUCUAUAUAACCGAUGGAGACUGGACUAGAAAUAAAGUUUGCCACCCGUGGCGUGACGGCCG